AUGACGUUUGAGGAGAAACGUGUUGGUCAUAAUAUAAUUAACCAGUUACCAGAUUCUUUGCUUUGUGAGAUAUUUUUCAAUCUUCCCACGGAGGAGGUGGUCAAGACUAGCCUUAUAUGUCGCAGAUGGAGAUAUGUUUGGCAAUCUUUGCCUGGGUUGGAUUUGGUGAUCAAUGGCUCCAAAAAUUAUGAUAAGUUCGAUUUUCUCGAAAGGUUUAUGUUCUUACAAAGAGUUAAGCUAAGGUAUGUUGGAUAUGGUCACAAUUGUCGAAACAUGACGUCGAUGAUGAUGAACAAUGUGAUUAAACAUAAAAUUCAACAUUUAGAUGUUGGUAGUAAUAGAAGGUAUGUAUAUGAUAGAGUUGAGAUACCUCCAACUAUUUAUACAUCAUGUGAGAGAUUGGUAUUCUUGAAGCUCCAUCGUGCAAACUUGCCUAAAUCGCCGGAUUCAGUUUCUCUGCCUUGUCUUAAGAUCAUGGAUCUACAAAAAAUCAACUUUGUUGACAGUUUGGAUAUGGAGAAGCUGGUCUCAGUCUGCCCAGCCCUAGAAACCCUAACUAUGGACAAGAUGUAUGGAGCUAAAGUCUCAUCUCAGUCUCUAUUGAGCUUCUGUCUAACCAAUAAUGAAACUGGCUAUCUGAAAACACAAGUUGUAAUGCAAACCCCAAAGCUCAAGUAUCUAAAGCUGAACCGUCAGUUUAUUCAAAGAAUCGUUAUAAAUGAUUUGAGUUCCAUUGUCAUGUUGAAUCUUGAUGAUGUGGCUUAUUUUGGUGAAACCUUGCUUAGUAUUCUUAAACUCAUCUCUUGUGUCAGAGAUUUGACUAUCUCCUUUGACAUUCUUCAGGAUUAUCGUCACUUCUCGAAAUCGAAAUCACUACCAAAAUUUCAUAAACUUUCUGUAUUGAGCGUCAAGGACAUGGCGGUCGGAUCUUGGGAAUCUUUACUAAUCUUUCUCGAGAGCUGUCAGAAUUUAAAAUCUCUCGUCAUGGGGUUUCGAGAUUAUAACUGGGGAAUAAAUUUUUCAGAUGUGCCCCAAUGUGUUUUAUCAUCGCUUGAGUUUGUUGAGGUAAAAGCAAGAGAGGUGGCGGAUAUGAAGAAACUAUGGAGUUAUUUUAUGGAGAAUUCAACAGUGCUCAAGAAAUUUACUCUAUGCUUAGAUCAUAUAGAGGAUCAACGUGAUCAUGUGAUGCUCAGCAAGCUCUUUACAUUUCCAAGACGAUCUAACAAAUGUGAAGUUGUUGUUCGCUUGAGAACAUUUGGAACAUACAAGCCCAUGUCUAUGUUUUCUUGUGCUGAUGGUUUCUGA